AUGCACUCGACGCUUGUGCGUCUCCAGAAUGUCUUCGGCUUCUUCACCACAGUUGCUUUCACAGUCGCAAGUGUCAUUGCGCUGAGUAGCUUCAUCUCCCCACAGAACCCAACAGCCAGUAUAUCGCUGCAGAAUGUACAACUAGUAAUGGGACGACCGCACUACUACUCGCCUAAGAGGGAGGAGUAUGCGCAUAUCAAGUUCGACCUUGACGCUGACCUCAGCUCGCUCUUCAACUGGAACACAAAGCAAGUCUUUGUCUACCUCAAAGCCGUCUACCCCUCCACGCGCGCCUCUGAACCCCCCUCGGAAGCCAUAAUCUGGGACGCCAUCGUCGCGUCGAAAUCCGCGCCCUGGAACCAAAACCACUUUAUUCACCCCGACCCCAAGUCCAAGCUGCCCAAGCAAUCCGCCAAGAAACGCGCUGCCUCCAAGUCAAAGGCCGCCUCGCCUUACCCUGUCGGCGAACUUCACCUCCAGAAUCAGAAGCCCAAGUACAAAAUCACCGAUAUAACCGGCAAGUUGGGCAACAGGACAGAUGUCAUGUUGGAGUUGGGGUGGAAUGUGCAGCCAUGGGUUGGCGCGUUGACAUGGACAAACUGGAACACGGUCGGUGUGUGGAAGGGUCUCGAGGGAGGCAGGAGCAAGGCGUUUAGCUUCCCCGAGGUGGGUGCCAAGGCAGCGAAGCCCAAGGAUUUGGAGACUGAGAAGGGCGCGGAGGGUUACAGAUUGGUGGUUGGUGAGGAGGUGCCGCUAAGGAAGGCUGCCACUUAA